AUGGCGCAAUACCGCCAGCGUACAGCCGUCAUCAUCAGCGAAGGAGAGGGCGAGGACGACCAGGAGGGCGAGGACAAGGGGGGAUUGAUGUGCGACAGGAGAAAGACGAAGAUGGAGAUGUGGAGAUGGCAGGAGCCCGACAUCGUCAUCUCCUCCGACGAACAUGAGCACAAACAGGAGGUGGCAGCCCCCUCUCCCCCGGAGACUGUGACCACUCGUAACAUCGGCUCUGUCUUGGUAUACGACGAGGACUUACGACUCGACCCUCGCGCAAGUGCUGAGAAGUUAUCCCAAACACUCAAGGCCCUCCACGUGAAAGCCGCCACGGUCGUCGCGCAAGCCCAUGAUCUGACAGUGCCGGCGGAUGCGCUCAAAGAUGCGCUGUCCCAGGAUGACGCCAAGUAG